GGGAGGACACUUUAAAGAGCACCUUGUCAAAAACAUUUCUGUGUAUUUCACUUUGCUCAGGGAUUUCAGCAUGUUUGAUUUUCUGCGUUCUAGAGGAACAGCACAUGUGAGGCCCAUGACUAACACCAGUCUAUUUUCAGAAUCUGUGCCUUCUGCAUCUUCUCCCACUUUUACAGAACCAUGGAGGACAAUAUCUUGGGGAGACAAAGACAGAGAUCUGAAUUAUGUGCAAGAUUACAAACCCUCAAAGGGCAGUGUCAAACAUCUCAGAGUUCUGCUCUACGGUCCAGUUGGGGCUGGAAAGUCCAGCUUCAUCAACUCUGUCAGCAGCAUCCUACGAGGAAGAAUGGCCAUUCCAGCUGCAGUCAGUGCAGCCACCUCUGAAAUCAGUUUCACAAACAAAUAUGAAACUCACACAAUUGAAAGAGAAGAUGGCGAUCCAGAUGGCUUUUACCCUCUGGUACUCAGUGACAUUAUGGGCCUGGAGGAUGGGACCAACAAGGGUGUCUGCACUGAGGACAUCAAACUGACCAUGAUGGGACAUGUGAUGGAUAAAUACCUGUUCAAUUCUACAUCUCCAUUGUUAAGUGGAUGUGCGGGCUACGAAAAAGACCCCUCUGCAAAUGACAUAUGUCACAUUCUGGUUUGUGUGAUCUCUGCCAACUCAGCAGAAACUAAACCAUCAGUUCUGCAGAAGAUGAAGACCGUCAGAGAGGCAGCCCGAGACCUGGGGAUUCCUCAAGUGUGUAUCCUCACCCACAUUGACGAGGCCUGUGGUAUAACUGAGAGCAAUCUGAAGGACGUCUACCACAGCAAAUACAUAAAGAGAAAGAUGGAAGAGAUGAGCUCAUCAGUUGGAUUUCCAAUGAACUGCAUCUUUCCUGUGAAGAACUACAAUGAAGAAACCAAACUAAAUGAUGACAUUGACACUCUGAUCCUGGAUGCACUGAGAUACAUUAUUAACUUUGGAGAUGACUUCAUUAAGAAACUGUAAACAUACAAACGAUGGAGACUCACUGCUAAAAAAAAAAAAAAACAGACAGAUCAAUAUUGUUACUAACUAAUCUUUAUGUUGUGGGUUUUUUCUGGUUAUGAGUAUUUCUUAUUUUCUGUUUGUUGUGCAUUCAGGAUGGAAUAAUACACAACCUAUGUACACAACCUGUAGGUCUUUAUCAGGGUAUAAAAAGUCAAACAUAACAACUCAGUUAGUAGAGAAACCAUCUGUCUGAGACUGCCUCUUUUCUUUUUGCUUGACUUUUACUCUUUAGAUAUUUUCAUACUCACAGUUUAUUACUACUAAUCAAUAAGAUUUUCAUCUGUUGAUGUACUUAUUAUACUUACUGCUUUAACUGAUCAAUGGUGAUUUGGCAAUAGACACCGAAUUAGAUAUUUUCUCAAUGCUUACUAAUUGAUUUGAGAUCACAUUCCAAAUUCAUGUAUUGAAUACAUUACAUUUUAACUGAUUAAACAGCAUUAGUCUUUGUUACAUUUAAAUUUUUUUAUCAUUUGAUUUUAAUAUUUUUAAUCUGCUUUAAAUGACUGCUGAUGACGACCACUCACUCAGCGUUCAUUUAAAUUUCAAACUCAAAACAUGGGACAGUUCACAAUUAAACAAAAUUUCAUUGCUUUUGGUUCCUGUUUAACAACAACGAACAAAUAAGAUAAGCAAUAUAAAAAUAAUAUAAAAAAUGAAGUAUUGAUUGGAAAUGGAUGAUUAGGAUUGAGUGAUUGGUUAUUAUUGAUAGGUAAUUUUGUUUUACUCAGUAUGUAAUUCAGAUCACACAUGAUGUACUACACAUGAAUGUAAAUCUUGCACUUCUGAUGUGUGUUGUGUGAAUUCUUACAUUUCUGAGAUCAAGUAAAAUUUUUGUUUAUUCCCUG